AUGGGUGUGGCGAUGACAAGCGUUGAGACAGCAAGAAGCGACCCUGUGAUCAAAUCGACGUUCAAGAGGUGGGGCAGGAGGCACCCGUUUAUCAGAUACGGACUUCCGAUGAUCUCGCUCACCGUGGUCGGUGCAAUCGGACUGGGUCAUAUGAUACAAGGCGGCAAGGACGUUGCGAAGGUGAAAGACGAUCAGGAAUGGGAGAUAAUUGAGACAAGAAAAGCACUUUCGAGAACAGGGCCGGUGGACGCCUACAACCCAAAAAAGACAUCGCUCGAGGAAGAGCUCAAGGCUUUGCAAGAGAAGGUGGACAUAAACAACUACGACUACAAGAAAAUCCCGCGUCCAAAUGAAGGCAAAUCAGCCUAA